AACCAAAAAACCAAACACUUCUGAUUUUAUUUUUUUAACUGUACUCAUCAGAUUUUUAAAAUAGCUUUAGGGAUAAAAUGAAUUUUAAAAAAGGUCCAUAAAUUAUUUGUUCUAUCAUAAAGGAUUACUAAGCUACUCCUGUGAGGAGCUGCUGUGUGAGAACACUUGUACAGUAAAACUUUGUGUCUGUACAGUAAAACCUUGGCCUACGUUUUAGCUUGUGCACAAUGGAAAAAGUUGAUUAAGCUGUAUUAAGAAGUUAUUCGGUUGUGAGCUCCCAGUGUUUUAUAGUCCUCAUCCUCCCCAGAACUGAUCUGAAAACAGAAAAAUUAGUAUGAAUGAAGCAACUUUUUCAAAGAGAAAUGGGCUUUGUUCAAAAAUAGGUGGGACUUGGGCGUGACAAGUACUAGCUUCUGACACUGUCCUUUUUGUUCACGUGGUUCCUGUUGUUGUGCUAGACUUUCAUGCUGUUUAUGAAAAAAUUGAGUAUUAGAAACUUUAUGGCUUGAAGUAUACAGUAGAUGUGAGUUAGCAAUCACUAACUAGAUAAACCACUUCUCAAAGCUUUUUAGUAGAUAGUACUGGGAUGUGUCUGUGUAUCUUGUGUGCCAGUGUUCGAUGAAUAUUUUGAAACAAGACUUCUUACUGUUUACUUGAAGAAAGUGCAUACUUUUAGGAUGGAUAUAACUGGCUGGUUUAUUUAUGAAGAAACGACAUAUGAAUAAAUAAAAUUGAGUCAUUUAACAUUUUUUCCAUAUCGAGGAUUCCAGGAAAAAAAGCUAAUAAAGAUUUUUAAUAAUUAAAUCAGAUACUCUUAAUACAUUUUAGAUUUACUUUUGUAGCUUUUCUUUGCUAUACAAACCUGAAUCGAGGUACCCCGUGCUGCAUUUUUUAAAUUUGUAUUUCCUCUAUUUUACAACGAAUCUUUUGCUCUGUACUGUUCUUGUAAGAACACAGGAUACGCCAUCAAUUUUACUAGCAAAACGAAAUGCUCUGCAAGGGUUAAAAGAUUAUUUUCCUACUUUUUCUGUCAUACCAGGUUUGUUUCUCUGAACUAAGCUUUCUGAGGAUUUUUACUACUUUAACAUGAUGUGCUCUGAUCUCUGUUGUAGAAGGAGCAUAAGCAGCACAUCCCACGUAUGCAGACAGCUGGGCCAGGCCCGAGGGCAGGGAUAGGGCCUGCGUGGGCAGGAGGUGCUGGGAGGGAUGGAACCAUGCAGGCUUCGAGAGGCUGUGAGCUGUCCUGUGUGAUGUCCUUUAUCCUGGGACCAGGGAAAUCCUCAUUCUUAGAGCUGAAGAUGGCACAUAGCGAAGAUCGUGUUAUUGGUGCAUGUAAGCCAUUAUCUUACUGUCUUACUGAACUGGGUAAUGCUGUUGACUGUUGUUGAAAUGUGAAACGUAGUUACUGUUGACUCUGUAAAUACCUGCCAGAGAUGAAAUAUAAUUAUUUUAAAUCAUUGUAAAUAGAGAUGUAUAAAACUCGACACAAUCUGCAAUGCAGAAAAAAAAAUUAUAUAUAUAUAUAAAUAUAUAAAGAUGUUAAAUAAAUAUUGUGCUGUUUCUGAACAGAACUGGAGCUGCUCGGAGUUGGUUUUGUUUUUAUUCUUUGAGUGGCGUCGAUCAGGGCCCCAGCCUUCCUCAGGAGGCUUCGCGUCGCCACGGCAACUGCUGGCGGCCGCACGCAUGGCUGCCAGCGGAAGUCCCGCCCCCUUGCUUCUCCCGCCGACAGGCGGCGGAAAGCGGGGCCUGGGGUCGUGGAUUGGCUGAGGCGUGCGUCAGUCAAAGGCAGGCGGCGGUCCUCACAGCGUGGGCGCCCCGCACCUUCUGAGGGAGGGCGCUGGAUUGGGUGGACGGCUGGCACGUUAACCCGCUUCGGGCUCCUGCCGCCGACUCAAGGUGCGGUCCGGAGCCCAUGUUGAGCCGCCAGCGGUGAGGGCGAGAAGAGGCAGGCGCCCGAGACCUAAAGGUCGUACCCGGGCCUUGCGACGGGCGGUCUCUGCCGCUUACCCCCCGUGGGCACCUGGCGGCAGCGCCCCCUGGCGGCCGGGCGGCUCCGCCCACGUGUGUCAGGUGGGGGUGCUCGCCCGGCGCCCACCAUGAGCUUGGAGGAGUGUCGGAGCGCCGGCACUCUGGCGGUGAAGUUCGUGCCCGACGAGGACGUUCUGAGGCACAUCGCUGACGACGCAGGUGUUAAAGUUCAGAAAGGCAAAAACCAGCUGCUGGUCAAUACGAAGAGGUUUGUAAAGAAGCUUGAGGCUGUCUCAGAUGAUGAAGCUCAGGAGAUCCUGGAGGAGAAGAGCUAUAUUGCUGUUUUAGGCCUAUGUGGCGAAGAAUCAAUGACAAAUGGCUCAAGUGUAGGUGGUGGUGAAGUUUACGCAUUCCAGACUCCCAAACGCUCCAACAAAAUGGCAGAGCUGGCCUCUGAAUUAGCACAGACACCAGGACAGAGUGUUGUACCUGAUCCCUCCGAGUGCCCUGAGAAGACAGCCAGAACCCCUCAAAGCAGCAAACGUUCAAGUUCAAUCCAAGUUCAGCAGAAGACCAAAAAGAACGAAUUUGUGUCUACCACACCUUACAGGCUCCGAAGGAGACUAGCAGCUCCAGAUGCUCAGUUAGAAAGCGAGAGUGAAUAUUCUGCUUCCUGCUCAGAAGAGGAGGAGGUAGAAGAAGCCCAGAAAGAAGUCAGUGCUGUUUUAUCACAUCAGAAGACCCCAGCAAAAACUAAGGCCGUAUCUACGCCUCCUUCUAGAAAAACCCUAACCAAAAAAAAAGACAACAUGAACAACCUCGUAGAGGAAUACUUUGAAGCUCACAGUAGUUCCAAAGUGCUCACUUCGGACCGAACACUGCAGAAGUUACGGAGGAAAAGAUUGAAUCAGGAAACAUUGCAUGACCUUCUGCAGAAAUCUCCCAUUGCCUAUGCUGCUGAAAUUAAAGAGUUAAACCAGCAAUAUGAGUCCCUGUUUUCAAAGUGGAUGCUGCAAUUACACUUGGGUUUUAAUAUCGUGCUUUAUGGACUUGGCUCGAAGCAUGAUUUGUUAGAGAAGUUUCGUGCAUCUAUGCUCCAGGAUUCUGUUCACCUUGUGGUUAAUGGAUACUUCCCCAGCAUCACUGUGAAAUCUGUUCUCAACUCUAUCACAGAGGAGGUUUUGGACCAUAUAGGAACUUUCCGCAGCCCACUCGAUCAACUUGAAUUCAUCAUGAAAAGAUUUAAAGAAGAUUCAUCUUUAGAGCUCUAUGUCCUCAUUCAUAACCUGGACAGCCAGAUGUUGAGAGGAGAAAGAAGUCAGCAGAUCCUUGCACAGUUAUCCUCUCUGCCUAGCAUUUACCUCAUUGCCUCUAUCGAUCACAUCAAUGCUCCUCUCAUGUGGGAUCAGGCAAAGCAAAGCCUCUACAAUUGGCUUUGGUAUGAGACGACCACAUUUAGUCCUUAUGUAGAAGAAACAUCUUAUGAAAACUCACUGUUAGUACAGCAAUCUGGAUCUUUGGCUUUGAGCUCCUUAACACAUGUCUUGCACAGCCUCACUCCCAAUGCCAGGGGAAUAUUCAGACUGCUUGCUCAGUACCAGCUGGAGAACAAGGACAACGCAUCUUACCCAGGCCUCUCUUUCCAAGACUUCUACCAGCAGUGUAGAGAGGCCUUCCUUGUAAACAGUGACCUAACGCUCAGGGCACAGCUGACAGAAUUCAGGGACCACAAGCUCAUUCGGACCAAGCGGGGAGCUGAUGGUGUGGAGUACUUAUUAAUACCUGUAGAUGACAGUACCUUGACCGACUUCUUAGAGAAAGAGGAUGAAGAUGUAUAACGUCUGUCUGCUCCCAAAACAACUAUGGCAAAUUGCUUUCAAGGGCUGCUGGAGAAGGGCCUAUACUCAGGUCUUUCUCUUCAGCCUCAAAGCUGCUGGACUACUUACUGAAAUGUAUUAACUGUAAUGAACGUUUCUUGUUCAUCUACUUCAGGUAGUUUGGAAUGAUAACUUCUUCAAGCAAACUGUUUCUUGCUCUGAAGUUAAAUUUAUCUGCUUUGUCUCUUAGCUCAGAUGAUGCUCUCUUCAUAUCUACUUAACCAACUAUACAGUCAGGAAAACUAACUUGGUGAGAUUGUGCCUUCUGCUCUUUACCAGACAUAAAGGUUUGGUUGGAGCAGUUCAUGUGAUGAGCAAACCACUAGAUGGUCAGAGCUUUAGUUUGUACCAGUGAUGGAUUUUUUUUUUUUUUCCUCAACUGAGUGCUUUCUGGCACUCCAUUACCAGCUAGACAAGAUUGGCUUCCAACAUAUGAAGGAACCAAGAUUUAUAAUGCUAAGAGACCUAUACUGACUGCACAAGGAACAUGAGCAAGUUUGGGAUACUGUGGGUAACUUAUUAAAUUCUGACAGUAGAACUGAAAGACUUUUCUCCAAGAUGGAAUUCUUUUAUAAGAGGAUUUAGGUAACAACUUGAGUCCAUCACAAUUUGAUUACCUCCUGAUGAGGGUGAGAUGUUCCAGCUUCUUUCAUCUACUUUCCAGUUUAUAAUCCGGAAAUAUGAAGAGGCUGUGAAGUUUAGUUUACUUAAAAAAAUAAUAAUACAAAAAUCGAUUGUUUAUAUGUAUUUUUUUACAUUAGGAGUGUCCAUUAAUUGUGGAGGAGGCCUUAAAUGCCACUUAGCAAGCUCUCCAUUUUUGUAGCCCUUAGAGGUUGGGAGAAUGCUGAAGUUUCACAGGUUUUCUUCACUGUGUUUCUCAGGUAUGUGAGAGUAAGCCCUAGUUUCAUCAACUGUAGUCUGCUAAUCAGACUUCAGGGACUCCGAUGUCUAACUUGGUAGCUGUGUUACAGCUCAACAUUGUAAUAGUUCAAAUCAAUCAAAUAAAGUUCUUCAUUAAUUUUCAUUAGCUUAUCUCAUCUUCCACACGUGUUCUUAUGUUAUGGGAAGAUAGAGAUCUUUCUGGAAGUUAGGUGAAAGUCUCAUUUUCAUUAUUACAUCAAAUAUCUGUGCAAAUCCUUGUGCUAGGGGGCAGAAGACUUCAAACUAAUUAAGAAAAGUAUUUCAUAUUUUUUUUUAAGGUAUCAAAAAUAAUAGCAGUUUGUAUGCCUUGUAAUGCCAGUAUAUAGAUUUAGAAAAGAACCAAGACAUCACAUGGAAUAAUACUGUUACUUCUCAGUGGUAUGCUCCUGGUAUGCCCCUUGCUGGCAGAAUCAACAGGACAGAGGUUUACAGCCUGAUUUUGAUUUGUAUUGAAAACACGGAUAUCUACGUAUCCCACUGUCAAAUUGAUUCUUCAAAUAUAGGAGAUAUUUAACUUUGCUGAAAUGUGAUAGGAGGGGAAACAGUUCUCUCCAGCUUCCUUCCCCAGAACAUCUGAGACAACAGAAGGCAACAAGGAAACUCGAGGAAAAUACUUAAAGGAAUGAAGGAGUUAUUCUCCAGGAAGGCGCCCAGCUGAAGUGCCUCUACACCAACACAUACAGCUUGGGAAACAAACAGGAGGAGUUGGAAGGCACUGUGCUACUAGAAAACCAUGACAUAAUUGCUAUUACUGAAGCCUAGUGGGAUCAUUCCCAAGACAGGAGUUUGACUGUCAACACUUAGAAGUUGUUCAGAAGGAACAGGCAUGAAGGAGAGGAGAAAGCAUUGCCCUCUACAUCAAGGAAGGAAUAGUGUGAAGAGUUGUCCCAGAAGAAUGGCCACAAGCAAGUUGAAAGUCUAUGCUUAAGUUAGAGACUGAGGCAACAAAAGGAACCUUGUAGUUGGAGUCUGCUACAAGCUGCCUGACCAUGCAGAGCCUGUUGAUGAAGCCUUUUUCUAGCUACAAGAGACAUCACAAUUGCAGGCUCUUAUCCUGCUGGGGGACUUUGGCCAUCCUGACACCUGCUGGAAAAGUAGCAUGGCGAGCUGUUGGCAGUCCAGGUCUUGCACCUGGGUCAUGGCAGUCCCCACUAUCAACAAGCUGGGGGAUGAAAGGAUAGAGCACAGCCCUUCUGAAAUGGACUUGAGGGUAUUGGUGGUAAGCUGGACUUGAGAAAGCAAUGUGCCCUCAUGACCCAGAAAGCCAACUGUAUCUUGGGCUGCAACAAAAGAAGCAUGGUCAGCUCAUCAAGGGAGGUGAUCCUGCCCCUCUACUCUGUGCUAUUGAGACCUCACCUGGAGUACUGCAUCCAGAUGUGGAGUCCUCAGUGUAGGAGAGACAUAGACCUGUUAGACCACUUCCAGAGAAGGCCCACAGAAAUGAUCAAAGGGGAGUUGGCCUAGAUGACCUCUAAGAGUCCCUUCCAACUCGAUUGAUUCUAUGAUUUCCAGCUGACUUUCUACUUUGGAGGCAUGUGCAUCUGUGUUUUACAGGCUGCAAUUCUAAAAGUCUGCAAAACACAUUAGAUGUUUCCUGUUGCUGUUUAAGCUACCAUCAGAACCACUAAAACUGUCCAACGCUACGUUAGCUGUAGAGUUCAAAAACAAAUGCUCUGACAGCUGUGCAGCCCCCUUUUAUUUGGAAAGGAAGAAAUCUUCCCUCACUUUCAUCCUUAGCUGUCUCUGCGGCAUUGAUAAGAAUGAUUGUCUUUAUAUCACCUUAGCAGUUUCAGAUAAUACUGAACUUAGUCAUCUUUCUUCGUUUGUAUUUAAAUGGAAGAAGGUGUGCAAUUACUCUUAAAGCAUCACCUCCAUUAUGCCUGAGAAUUCAAUUUUUAUUCUAGUAGAAAAAACUGAAAGGUAAGCGCUUGUUUCAGGCUGUAGCAAUGCUGCCCUCUACCGAGGUUUUAUUUAAUUAAUUGAUUCCAGUCAGUUUGAAGAAGUAGGACUAGUUCCCUUGUACCGCCUGGGUUGAGAUCUCCCUAUAAAUCACAUCACUUUGCUCAGUGCACCCACAAGGUUGAACACGUUCUUGAAGUGAAGGAGGCUGGCUGUGUCAUGGUUUGAAGUUGUUUUAUUGAACAAGAAGGCUAAGUAAGGCAUGAAAGAGGGGGGUUAAAACACUUGAUAGUGUGGUUAAGUUGUAUUGAAAUACAGCUUGUGGUGGCAAGCAUUUGGUCACAGCCUCACAUCAGAGUUCUGGAGAGACUGCUUCCAAGUCAGUGUCUGUGUGUGAGAUCACUGGGAAAGCCUAAGUAGCACAACAGCUUCUUGACAUUUUACUAGGGUACUUCCAGCAGUGCUCCACUAAGGAAAGGCAUGGUCUUCACUUAGACCCUCCUCAGCUGAAAGAGAGUCGAAGUUACAGAGAAAUAUUUCCUAGAAUUCUGAUGAUUUUAACUACUGCAGCUAAAUCUUCGUGCAGUUUUCAGUCAAAGUUGCAGGUUCACACAGCACUCAAAUGCACUCAGUUGCUGUAUGCAACACAGAAAAGACCUAGCUGAAUAAGCCAGUUUUAUUAGCUAAAUUUAAAAAGAUGCCACUCAGAUAUUUAUUAAUUUGCAGUAGAAGUGUUUUCAGUCUGUUUAAAUAUUCUUCUGGUGUGUAUGUAAUCCAGAGAUAGUAAGAUACUCAACAGGGAGAUUUUUUUUUUCUUUUUUUCUUUUUUUUUUUAAAAAAAAGGAAGCAAAUGAAACAUCAAACCUCUCCAAUCAUUACUGAUAAUGGAAAUGCUACUUGUUCAGUUUUAGUAAUGCUGUAAUUGAGAGCCAGAAGUAUAGAAAUUGUUUUUAAAAGAAAGCAAAAACAUAUUUAAUUAAUCUGCCUGAGAAUGGGAAGUGUUAAAGCAUAUUUAAAAAAAAUACUUCCAAGGUUUUUCAAUAUAGGGACCCUCCAUUGAAAAACAGAUAAACAAAAAAAAAACCCUAACCAACCACCACCCUUACUUUUGUAUUAAUGGUAGGUUUUGCAAUUGAAUACAAGCAUCAAAUGCCUGAAUUUGUGCUCUGCAUAUACUUAUGAGCUGUGUCUUAUUAAAACUGAUAAUGCAAACCAGUGAUCAA